AUGGAUACCGAAGGUCAAGAUAUCAAUGCUGAAAACGCAUCAUCAUCAACAACGUCAAACGCUACAAACGCGACAACAACAUCGCAAGUUCCACGCAGUGGUUUACCGCCGUUUCCUCCCUUCAAUCCACACCAAGAUACAGCAACAGUGGGUCAACGAUGGACUAAAUGGGUUCGUCGUUUCGAAAACUUGCUUAUAAGUCUUCGUGAGUUUCAUUCAACCGUUAGGAGAGGUUUAUUGUUAACCUAUGUAGGCGAGUCAGCCAACGACAUUUUCGAUAUUCUCCCCGACACUGGCACAACUCAAGAAGCGAUCGAUUGUUUCACCCAACACUUCGUGCCACAAGGAAAUACAGACAUGGCUAUAUUCGAUUUUCGCGAGCUAAAGCAAGGAUCCAACGAAACGCUCAACGAAUACUACCGCCGACUGAAGACAAAAGCAGUACAAUGUAAUUUUCACAGCGAGGAAGCCGAGAUUAAAACCCAAAUUAUUCACAAAACCCGCGAUUCCCGGUUAAGAAAGAAAGCGCUUCGUGAGACGAUGACUCUCAAACAAAUUCUCGACUACGGGAAUACCUUAGAACGUACAGAUGAACAGUCUAAACGCCUCGAUAACGCCAGCAAAUUCCAAAGCGAAAGUAACGAAACGGUAAAUUAUAAUUACAACGAAAAGAAUUCAAAACAACAUCGAAAAUUUCCAACUUCCGGUGGAUCAAAUUCCAGAUACAGGACGCCCGAGAAGCCCGAUUCGCGUUUUCAAGGAAAUAAAUACCAGAAAGAAGCUCCAGAUAGCGGUCGAAAGUCCCAAACCUGUCGUAACUGUGGAGGUAAAUUCCCGCACAAAGACGGAAUAGAGUCCUGCCCAGCAAGAGGUAAACCUUGCCACAACUGCAAGAAAAUCGGUCAUUUUGCAAAAUAUUGCAGAUCUCAAUCUAAGGACAAUGGAAAUGUCAGACAUGUCAACCAAGAGAAAAGUCGUGAUUAUCUUCAAGACUCGGACGAUGAAUUUCUUUUUACUGUCAACACAAGCUCGGGUAAACAUCCAGAAACGCAAGUACAGAUUGGACACACUAAAGUAAACAUUCUGAUUGAUUCCGGAGCCUCUGUUAACCUUCUGAACUACCCAAUUUUUCAACAAAUUCAGAAAGACGACAACCGUAUCAAGUUACAAAAGACCAAUGCCAGAAUCUUUGCAUAUGGAACACCAACACCACUCGAGUUAGCCGGAGAAUUUCAAGCUACCAUCACCUCAGCAUCAGGUACAUUCAAAACUGCUAAGUUUUAUGUAGCACAAAAGAAAUCUAAGUGUAUUCUUGGAUAUGAAUCAUCUUCCUCAUUGGGACUUAUCAUCCUCAACAUCAACACCCUCAACCCGGUUCAACAAGAUCAUGAUGUACGUCACAUUAUCAACAAACAUCCAAAGUUAUUUGAAGGAACGGGAAACCUCAAGGGACGUGAAGCGAAGCUCGAAAUUGACCCAACAAUAACCCCGGUCGCACAAACAAAUCGGAAAAUUCCACACAGCAUGAAAACCAAAGUAAACAAAAAGCUGCAGGAGAUGAGAGAAGAAGGGAUAAUCGAGAAAGUUGAGGGAGCAACGCCUUGGUUAUCACCGUUGAUAGCCAUCCUAAAGAAGAGUGGGGACCUCCGACUAGUGUUAGACAUGCGUAUACCUAACACAGCACUUGUAAGACGGCGCGUACAAAUUCCUACAGUCAACGAGAUACUUCAAAAGAUGGAGGGAGCAAAAGUCUUUACAGAGGUUGACCUGUCGCAAGGUUAUCUUCAACUGACCUUGGCAGAGGAAUCCCGUCAUAUUACAGCAUUUUCAACUCCUGAAGAUGGUCCGCAUAGAUUCACCAGGCUGAUAAUGGAAGCAUCACCAUCCGGAGAACACUUUCAUGAGAUUAUCCACGAGCUCAUCAAAGAGGUACCAGAUUGUGCCAACAUCUCUGAUAACAUUUGGCUAUGGUCCAAAGACAGAGAAACACACCUCAAGCGGCUAGACCAGCUCCUCACAAUCCUGAGAACCAAUGGCAUCACACUGAAACUACCAAAGUGUUCGUUCGCAGUACCGCAGAUAAACGUGUUUGGUCAUAUCGUGUCCGAGAAAGGGAUCAGACCAGAUAGCACCAAAGUCGAAGCCAUAACAAAUGCUCCACAUCCUACCACAGCAUCGGAAGUCAGAUCCUUCCUAGGCCUCACCAAUUAUUGUUCGAGAUAUAUACCCGACUACAGCAGCCUAACCUUCCCACUUCGACAGCUUACAAAGAAGAAUGUCACGUUUCACUGGGAUUACAGUCACGAGAAAGCAUUCCAGUCACUGAAGAAUGCCAUCACCACUUCACCGGUAUUAGCUCAUUACAAUCUUACUGCGGAAACUAAAGUCGUAGUAGAUGCAUCGCCAUGGGCACUGGGUGCCGUACUUCUCCAGAAACAAGCCGACGACAAUUAUCGACCAAUCGCGUAUGGUAGCAGAUCGCUAACAGAUGUCGAACAGAAGUAUGGUCACAUAGAGAAAGAAGGAUUAGCAAUCGUAUUCGGAUGUGAACACUUUCACAUGUACCUAUAUGGACGUAGUUUUGAAUUGGAGACAGACCACCGACCUUUAGAGCAUAUCUACAAGGCAAAGCUUCAAAGCAAACCAACAUCAGCCAGACUCGAAAGAUGGAGACUUCGACUCCAAGAGUACGACUUCCACGUUAUCUACCGACCUGGCCCAUCCAAUCUGGCCGAUCCUUUGGCCCGACUCCCGAAAGAUGGAAAAGAUGGAAGCAAGAGAAGCAACAUGGAGGCUUGCGCUGACCGACAUGUUCAUUACAUGACACAAGCACAGACACCGAAUGCCAUGAAAUUAGAAGCAAUACAAAGAGAAACAUUAGCAGAUCCGGAACUCCAGCAGAUUAAAAAGAACUUGCAAAAUAAUCAAGUAUACAAACUUCCGAAAGCAUAUAAGCUCAUCGCUCAUGAGCUCUGCAUCACAGAUCAAGAUAUCUUACUUCGGGGUGAUCGCAUUGUUCUUCCUAACAAGCUGAGACAACAAGCAAUUAGCCUUGCACACGAGGAUCAUGCAAGUAUGGUCCGCUGCAAACAACGCCUGCGCUCCAAGCUUUGGUGGCCAGAGAUGGACAAGCAGGUUGAAGAACAAAUUCGAUUCUGUCAUCCAUGUCAACUUGUCAGUAAGAGCCCGCCACCAGAGCCAAUGGAACCAACUAAGCUUCCUAAGAAACCAUGGUCGAAGCUAGCCAUAGACGUAUGUGGACCAUUUCCCACUGGAGAACAAGUAGUUGUCCUUACUGACUAUUAUUCGCGCUGGCCAGAAGUCAAAAUCUUAAAAUCAGUCACGUCCAAAAACAUUCUCGACUGGUUACUAUCGGUAUUUGCAACUCACGGAUUUCCAGAUGAAAUAAAGUCCGACAACGCAUCCUACAUUGUUUCUACCGAGUUCAAGGAUACAUUAACUUCUUGGGGAAUAGAACAUAAGACGGUGACGGAAUAUUGGCCGCAAGCCAAUGGGCAAGUUGAGAGAUUUAAUCAAGUUCUCGAGAAACACAUCCUAACCGCACAAGCGGAAGGAAAAGCGUGGAAACCCACCAUUCCAAUCAUGCUACUCCACUACCGCAAUACUCCUCAUAGAAUGACCGGAAGAACACCUUCAUCAUUGCUAAUGAAGCGAGAAGUCAAGACGAAACUUCCUAGUUUUGAACAACAGACAAACGAUGAAACUGAAACUCGCAAGAAAGAUGAAGAGGAGAAAGAGAAAGAGAAGAAAUAUACCGACAAGAAGCGAAAAGCAAGUCCAAGAAAUCUUGAAGUCGGAAAUAAAGUACUAGUUACUCAAAAACAUCGAAACAAAUUUACGACAAAGUUUCAUCCUGAUCCAAUGGUAAUCACCAAAAUAAACGGCACGCAGAUAGUGUUAAAAGACAAGAAUGGCACACAACAUCGCAGAAACUCAUCGCAUGUCAAAUUAUACCAGGAAAUUCCUGAUCCUGAAGAAGAAAUCCAGAGUGAUCGCAAGCAUGACAGACAAACGGAAAGUCGCGAAGAAAACACCGAAGCAACUCAAACAGAAACCAACCAGAAUACUACAGCAACGGAAAUUGUUCUACGUAGAUCAACGAGAAAUAGAAAACAACCAGACUAUCUAAAAGUAGGUUAA